AUGAAUGACUCCGAUGUAGAGAAAAGGGAGCUUUCGACGAGUAAAUACUACCAGCAGAGUGGUCUGCUUGGUAAAGUAAUUAAACAAACAUAUAGCAAACUCUUCGCUGCUGUUUCCUUUGCCUUACUGGCCUGCGUCGUGGCUGAUGUCUCUCAUCUAGCACACAGUGGUUAUGGUUAUCCCGUUCCCGCACCGGCAUAUGAGGAAGUAAAAUCUGAACCGAUAGCACCACAAAAUACUUAUAUUCCUCCAGCGCCGCCAGCGCCACCAGCUCCAGUGCUCGACAUACGUUCGGAACCAAGUGCUCCCGCACCACCACCGCCACCACCACCAGCACCUAUAAAUACUUACAUACCACCAGCACCACCUGCGCCACCAGCUCCUGUGCACCACGCCAUACGUUCAGAACCAAUUGCACCUCCUCCACCACCACCACCGCCACCAGCGGCACCUAAAAACACCUACAUUCCACCCGCUGCACCAGCACCACCAGCUCCUGUGCAUGAGGCCGUACACUCUCAUCCCAUUGCUCCACCUCCACCACCACCGCCACCACCUGCACCUAAGAACACUUUCAUUCCACCAGCUCCUCCAGCACCAGCAGCUCCUGUGCAUGAGGCCGUACACUCUCACCCUAUAGCUCCUCCUCCACCACCACCACCACCACCAGCACCUAAGAACACUUACAUACCACCAGCUCCUCCAGCACCAGCAGCUCCUGUACAUGAAGUCGUUCGCUCAGAGCCAAUUGCUCCUCCUCCACCACCACCGCCACCAGCGGCACCUAAAAACACUUACAUCCCACCAGCUCCUCCAGCACCACUAGCUCCGGUGCAUGAGGCCGUACACUCUCAUCCCAUAGCACCUCCUCCGCCACCACCGCCACCAGCGGCACCUAAAAACACCUACAUCCCGCCAGCUCCGCCAGCGCCAGCACCAGAGCCAGCGCCAGCGCCAGCACCGGCUCCAGCCCCAGCUCCUGCUCCCGAGCCAUCUGCUACUCUUGAAGAAGAUGGAUAUCACUACAAGAAUCCUCGUCGUGUGGUUUUCAGGUAUCGUUUCUAA